CAUUUAAACCGCAACGAAUGCAUACCCAAUUAAAAUGCAUAGGUUAGUAGCAACUGAAACCGAAACUACAUAAUUUAAGCGUAAAUUCCAGCCAAAGACGGAUUUUUUCCUUUGAAAUCCAAUUCCUUUGGCCAUGAAGAAGAGGAAAAGAAUGAGCUGCUUUUCUGCUAAUAUAUUCAUUUCUUUGUUGAUUUUAUUUGCGCAGAAUGAAAGUGUGAGUUCUAAAAGCUGUUUGGCUAGUAUGCCAACAUUACAGCUUGUUGAAGAGUGCCCCAAAACAAAAGAGGAAUGGAAUAAAAGGUCAGACAAAAAACGAUGUGACAUGUUAGCGGGGACAUCUCAGUGUUCAUCCUUUGCUUAUCACUGUCUACUAAAUCAGAAUGGAAAUGAAACAGUGGAGGUCUGUGCACCAACAUGGUUUUUAUCAGGAUUCUGCGCAAUUUAUAAUACUGAUGAGUUUCGAGUAAUAGAUAACUUUAGCUUCGACUGCAAUAACAAUACAAAAAUAAAGAAAGGGGAUAGAUGCCCUUCCAGAUACAUCUCAACAGAGACAUACAAAUACCAGAUUUGUUACAGAAAAAGAGAAGUAAAAGAUCUGGAAUCUGACAGAAUUCACCAGUCAAAUAUGGAAGAGGGAAGUAGCCCAUUUGUCUUGACAACAGUGUUUAUUGUUCUUUUCAUCUUGGCACUCAUUGCGUCAAUUUUCCUAUGUGUAUUGUUACAUCGAGUCGGCUGUGACAAAAUAUGGAAGAACGAACAGACAUAUAGAAACAACACAAAUGUAUCCACGCAGGAAAAUCCGUUUCUUGGAAAUAAUCAAGGAAUCACACACCAGAUUCAAUCACAAGAAGAUGGUAUCGGCGACGAAAAUCAUCCCCUUCUUGAAGAAAACAAGACUGCAGCAAAAAAUCAAAGUAAAGAACCAAUGGGAAAUGUUGAAGUGUCUCCAGAAACAGCCUUAAAUGAAAAAAGAACAAAAACAAACAAGAAGGCAAAAAAUGAUCACGAGGAAGCAAAAAAGGAACGAGAAAAGGAACGUAGGGGACUUGCAGACAAACAGCGUGUCCAACAAGGCCGGGAGAUAUUUGAAAAAAAUGAAGCCGCUAGAAAUGCUGAAGUUUUUCCUGGACAAUCAAAAGAAACAACCUUAAAUGGUAGGAGAAUCGAGGGAGAGAAAGCUGCAGACAGCAAUAUUCUUGGCUGUGUGGGGCAGACAGUAGAGAACAAUUCAAGAGGAUUUGCACACGGUGCUGAGGAAAAACGACAAAAUGUAUCCUCAUCUGAAGAUUUCAACAAACCGGAUGAAGAAGAAGAAGAAGCAGAAAAAGAAGCGGAAAAAGAAGAAAAGAAGCUAGCAAUUACAAACUCUACAUCCGGGAAUAAUCAACCGCACCCAAGCCCACAUAGAGAAGGAUUUGCAUACGGUAAUGAGGAAAAGCGGUACAAUGUACCCACAAAACAAGAUUUCAACAAACCGGAGGAAGGAUUUGCAACAGAUAUUGAGGAAAGGCGGGACAAUGUACCCAAAAAAGAAGAUUUCAACAAACCGGAGGAAGACUUAACAGAAGUUAAUUCACAGAAGUAAAGUGUUGAAGGCUUCUCUUUUAAAAACAACAACAACAGAAAUGCUUUGAAGGAGAUUUAAGACUAGAAAUAUUUAGAUUAGAAAAAAAUUACCAGAGAUAAACAAUGAGAUAUAUGUCCAUCUGGUAAAAACAUAUCUAGUUCAACAAACGUGUGUGCAAAACAACCUGCAAUGUGAUUCGCUUUGAAUAUUUAAAUUUUGUCAUUAAUAACAGUUACUUUAUAGGUUUAUAUAACAAUCGAAGUUGAACAAUUUCUAGGGAUCUUGUUACCGACCAAAUGCACUGCAUUAUUAAAAUAAAUGCAAAGAACGAGGGCGCUUUUAAUAGGCAUUCGGUAGGAAUCUGGGUUUACUUGAGAAAUGAAAAAAUAAUAAUUUUAUUGACAUAUCACAUGAAAUGUUAUCUUUUUUUAUUUAUCUGGUUCCUGUGAAAAGGGAUAUAGUGAGUUUAGUUUUGCUGAAAAAUAACUUAAAAACUGGCGAGAUCAGACCUUUUUGCAAAGAAUGGGACAUUUUUAAACGUGUGCACGUUCUAAUUUCUUCUUUCUCUUUGUUUUCUCGCAAUGAUCCUUAAACCUAUUUGUGUGCAUUUUCAUUCAAAGAAACGAUGGUAUAUUUGUAAAACGUGGUAAAUAGACACAGAGACAAUACAAAAUGGGACAUUUUUAAACGCUUGCACGUUCUAAAUUUUUUCUAUCUUCUGGUUUUUGUCUCCAUGAUUCUUAAACCAAUCGACUGUUUUGUCAGUUUCAUUUUAUGUACUGAUUUAUGAAAAUUUUGAAGUAGAUAAAUUUUAGUUCAGUUAAGCGAGAGCGAAGUUAAUUUAACUCUUCUAUUCUUCUUAAAAUGUGAUGUAUAUGUACUCUUAUCAUAAGGCUUUUUUCUUGUAAGGGUUCAUUUUUUGUGGAGCAUUACUAUGAUUUUGUACUUCUUAAAAAGUGUAUUCUGAUUCUAUCAAAAAGGUUUGUAUUAAAAGACAAACCUUGUGAAAUUGUAAUGAUACUGUAUUUAAAGAAAAUGUGUGUUUUUGAGAACCUUCAUUAAAGAAUAAAUGAAUGAGUGUACUCAGCUGCGAUCUAAACACUCUUUUUUGCUCUUCUCAGACAUUUAAAUUUGCUGGUUUUGUCACAUGCGUCUUAUUAUAAUUUUGUUUUAAGGGUUUAAAGCAAUGGAUCCAAGUAUCUUUAUCUGUUUUAAGUUCAGACAAAUGAUAAUGACUAUAAGUUUUGAUUUUUUUUUUGAUUAAUUGUUUAGAUAUUCUUACACGCUGUUGUUUUCACUUGUUUCUCUAAACAUAAGGUGACCAUUGAGUACUAAGCAUUUUUUACUAUCAGUUGUUUAUUUAAAAUAGUGAACACUACACCCGAAAUGAUGCCAAUCAAAUUGUCUAUUUGUCUGAAAGUCAAUUAAACAUCGUUAGAGAAAUAUUUGUUAAAUUUUUGCAAACAGUGCAUUGGCUGUUGUAAGUCCUGGUUGCCUUGAUGCCCAUUUUAUCAUUUUUGUUCUUUGAAAUCCACCUGCUCAUGUGUCUAAUAAACAUACAUUGGUUGCUGUAAAUUUCAAUGGAUAUUUCUUUGGGAUUAUUAAUAAGUUUUACAAAAGCUUAAUGAAGUGUAACAGUGUAUAUUAUUAUCUAGUUUAUUGAUUCUUUACGUUCAAUUUUAGCUCACCUGAGCCGAAGGCUCAAUUCAGCUUUUCUGAUCAAAAUUUGUCCGUUGUCUGCCGUUGUCGUUGUUGUUGUCGUCGUUGUCGUAAAGUUUUCACAUAUCCAUCUUCUUCUCAAGAACCACUGAGCCAAUUUCAACCAAACUUGCACCAAAGUAACCUUGGUCAAAGGGCCACGCUCUUCAAAGGGGAGAUAAUUAUGAAUUAGGGAAAAUUUAAUGGAAUUUUUAAAGAUCUUUUUUUCAAGAACCACUGGGCCAGGAAACAUGAAACUCAUGUUUAAUCAUCUUCAGGUAGUGUACAUUCAGGUUUAUUCAAAUCAUGACCCCCGGGGGUAAGGCGGGGCCACAAUGGCGGAUGAAACUUUUACAUAGGAAUAUAUAUAGACGUCUUUUUGAAUCUUAUUCUCAAAUACUCCAAAGCCAUGAUAAGUGAUAUUUAUAUGGAAUCAACCUCCUUAGUGUAGAUUUUAGUUUGUUUAAAUCAUAACCAACAAACACCCCCCACCAGUUAAAGGGUUGGGCAUCAAAGGUCCAUCAAAGGUUUACAAAGAAAAAUAAAGGAAAAUAAAAUCAAGGAAAAAUCCGAAGAACAGAAAAGCUAUGUUAAGUCAUAUUGACAUUUAAGCAUCCUAAAUUCGAUUUAAAUUCGAUCAAAUCAUUGUCUUCUGGGAAUGGAGGGUAGGACACCCUCCCUCCUCUGUAAACUUUUCAGUUCUUACCUGAUCUGUGCUUUUUCCUAGACGAUGUGCUCAGGUGAGCAAUGUGGUCCCUAUUUGUAUGAUAUUUAUAUCAAUAAAUGAACAAAAAAUAACAAAAAAGAUGAACAGAAAUAAUUGAAUGUAUGGAGGCUCCUAGGAUGAUAAUUUAAUUUUGUAAUUUGAAAUAUAAGAAUAAAAAGUUGUUUUAUUAAAAAUUUUCAAUGUUUAAACACAAGUCAUGCUUUUUUACUCCCACACGUUCGUGUACUCAUCUUAUCCAGCUUGCGGGUGAAAUGGCCUUAAUUUACAUAGAAAUACUAUAAAAAGAAGGUUUUCUCUUAAAAUAACGUUAAUGUUGAUUAAGAUUUGGCUUCAGACAAGAUUCAUCAUUAAAUGUUUAUUGGGUUAUUUUCUGCAUUUAAUUGUGAUGUUUUCUUUUUUGCUCGUUGU